CCAUAAUUUCAAAGAUGAAGCUCCAACUCAAAGCAAAAAACCAAUUGGCCAAAUUUGGCCUGUUUUCCUAUUUUAACCCCUCUCUCUCUUUCUCACUCACUAUCUCAGAUCUCACAUCGGCUUUUUGCGUCGAUUUGAUUUUGGGUUGACAUGAUUAUGUGCUAAUUAAUUAGCCUUUGCUCUCACUCAACCCCCCGAAACACUUUCUCUGUGCUUCUUCAGGCUUUGAAUCGAAGAAUCCACAUCUGCAUUUUCCACUGCAAAGCCCAGUACUCCUCUCUGCUAUUCAGGAAGUACCCAUUUGGCCAGAAUGAGUUCUCAUGCACCCAGAACCUCAAAACCCACGAAGCCCCCUAACCACAACCAUUCAACUUCAACACCACCACCACCAGCUUCUUCUUCUUCGAGAUCCUCUACCUCAUCGUCUUUGUCGUCCCACCUUGCCAUGGUCGAGCUCAAGCAAAGGAUGCUAACCUCCCUCUCCAAGCUCUCAGACCGAGACACUUACCAGAUCGCGGUUGAAGACCUCGAGAAGAUUAUCCAGACCCUCUCACCGGAGGGCAUUCCAAUGCUCCUCAAUUGUCUCUACGAAGCCUCCACGGACCCCAAACCGGCAGUGAAAAAGGAGUCCAUUCGGUUGCUUGCGACGGUCUGUGCCUCCCAUGGCGAUUCCACAUCGACCCACUUGACCAAAAUCAUUGCCCACAUUGUCAAGAGGCUCAAGGAUGCAGAUUCGGGAGUGAAGGACGCGUGUCGCGAUGCCAUUGGGGCUCUGUCGGCGCAGUACUUGAAGGGUGAAAAUGGUGGUGAUAAUGGAAGUCUUGGGUCGGUGGUGACGUUGUUCGUGAAGCCUCUAUUUGAGGCAAUGGGGGAGCAGAACAAGGGGGUGCAAUCCGGUGCUGCAAUGUGUAUGGCUAAGAUGGUGGAGUGCGCUUCGAACCCACCUGUUGCGGCGUUCCAGAAGCUGUGCCCCAGGAUCUGCAAGUUGCUUAACAAUCCCAACUUCUUGUCCAGAGCUGCGCUCUUGCCCGUAGUCUCGAGCUUGUCUCAGGUAGGAGCAAUUGCACCACAGUGUUUGGAUAACCUAUUGCAGAGCAUUCAUGACUGCCUUGGAAGUUCAGAUUGGGCAACUCGUAAAGCUGCAGCUGAUGCAUUGAUAGCCUUAGCACUGCAUUCAAGCAACUUAAUUAAAGAUGGCGCUGCUUCUACACUGACUGUGCUUGAGGCCUCUCGUUUUGACAAGAUAAAACCUGUCAGAGACAGCAUGACCGAAGCAUUGCAAUUAUGGAAAAUGAUUGCGGGGAAAGGAGAUGGAGAUCCCAAUGAUCAAAAAGGCUCAUCUCAUGAAAGUCCUGCACCAGCUGAGGUGUCAGGAAAAGAUGAGCUGAAAAAUCAAAAGGCUGAGAGAAUAGAGCCAUCAGCAAAAGGAUCAUCUAAUGAUUCUUCCCCUACUUCAGAUUCUGUAACUAAAGACAAGGGUAGUAAUAUUCCCGACAAAGCAGUUGUAAUAUUGAAGAAGAAAACACCUGCCUUAUCAGACAAAGAGCUAAACCCAGAAUUCUUCCAGAAGCUUGAAACCAGGGGUUCUGGUGAAUUACCAGUAGAAGUAGUUGUUCCGCGAAGAUAUCUCAGUUCUUCAAACUCACAUAAUGAGGAGGAAUCAGAGCCUACUAAUACAGACUCAAAGGGAAGGUCAAACCGCAUUGGAAAUGUCCAAUCUGAUGAUUCUCAUGGAACAUUCAGUAGUAAGUAUCGCAGCAUAGAUAGAGCUGGUGGUUUUUAUCCUAAACAACGAGAUCACGAUGAUCUGGGAAGGGAGAAAUUGCCAGAGGAAAAGGCAAAUGGAAAAGACUCCAGAAUGAGACCACAUGAUGUUGAUGAUAAGACUGACAUAAGGGAGUCAUCCAGCAAUCGUGCAGGUUUCUCCAAAACUGAUGGUCAAUCUGAAGGAUCUUUUAAUAAUAAAGGAAAUUGGUUGGUUAUCCAGAGGCAACUAUUACAGCUGGAGAGACAACAAGCUCAUCUGAUGAACAUGCUCCAGGAUUUUAUGGGAGGUUCUCAUGAUAGCAUGGUAACUUUGGAGAACAGAGUAAGAGGCCUUGAGAGAGUUGUUGAAGACAUGGCACGGGAUUUAUCAAUAUCAUCUGGAAGGAGAGGUGGUAAUUUCGCAAUGGGGUUUGAGGGAUCUUCUAACAGACCUUUGGGUAAGUAUAAUGGAUUCCCUGAUUACUCUAGUGUGAAGUUUGGAAGGGGUGGGGAUGGGCGGAUUCCCUUUGUAGACAGAUUUUCCCAAACUGAUGGAAUUGCUUCAGGCAUGCGGGGAAGGGGCCCAUGGAGGUCAGAUAUGUCUGAGGCUUGGGAUUUUCCUACAUAUGGUGCUUCCAGAAAUGGGCAGAUUGGCUCAAGGAGGGUUCUACCUGGUGGUGCUAUGGAUGGUAGGUCGCCCAAAUCAGAACAUGAGAGUGAUCAGGUUUCCAGCAGGAGAGGUUGGGAAAAAGGAGCUGGACCUGUUAGGCUUGGUGAGGGGCCUUCUGCAAGAAGUGUCUGGCAAGCCUCAAAGGAUGAGGCAACCCUGGAAGCAAUUCGUGUGGCUGGAGAGGACAAUGGUACAUCUCGGACAGCAAGAAUAGCUAUGCCAGAACUGACUGCAGAGGCUAUGGGAGAUGAUAAUGUUGCACAAGAGCGGGACCCAGUCUGGACUUCUUGGAGUAAUGCAAUGGAUGCCCUACAAGUGAGUGAUAUGGAUUCAGCCUACGCUGAAGUUUUGUCCACAGGAGAUGAUAUCUUACUUGUGAAACUAAUGGACAGAACGGGUCCGGUGGUUGACCAACUCUCAAAUGAAAUAGCAAGUGAGGUCCUGCAUGCCGUUGGACAAUUUUUACCAGAGCAGAACUUGUUUGAUAUCUCUUUGUCAUGGAUUCAACAGUUGGCAGAAAUAGUGCUGGAACAUGGACCUGAUGUGUUAGGAAUUCCCAUGGAAGUGAAGAAAGAGCUUUUGUUGAACUUACACGAAGCUUCUUUAGCAAUGGAUCCACCGGAGGACUGGGAAGGUGUGAUGCCUGACCAACUUCUGAUGCAGUUAGCAUCAGCCUGGCGAAUUGAUCUGCAACAGGGUGAUAAAUAGUUCCUAGUUGCAGAUUCUAUUGGGUAUUUGAUUUCUAUACUUGCUUUUGCAGUGGGUGAUUUGAUGAUCAAUAGUUCCUGUACAAAUUCUUUUUUCCUUGCUGUUGCCUACUGAUAGUUGCUUGUUUGAUUGC